UUGUCCUGUGACUCCAGCCUUAAGCUCCAAUACGACAAAGACAAACUGCUUGAAUUUUGGAGCUCAGUUUCUCACGAAUAUCGUGCCAUCAGCUAUGCAGCAUUGAGGGUUCUAUUACCAUUUGCGACAUCGUACUUGUGCGAAACAGGCUUUUCUACAGUUGCAGUAAUAAAGAACAAGUACAGAUCGAAAAUAAAUGUAGAGAAAGAGAUGAGAGUGGCAAUUUCUAAACUUGAGCUACGUUUUGAAAAGCUAUGCUCAGAAAAGCAAGCACAUCCUUCUCAUUAG